GAGGUUAAGAGAAUCUUUGGCACAUUGGAAAGAGGCUUAAUGUAAAGUCUACAUUUUUUUUUAAAGAGCUUUUUGAAACACCAGCAUUUCGGCACAACUUUGACAGUAACUGCAGGACUCCUCACAAAUGCUCCAGAUGCAACUGUGAGCAAAAGGAUUACCAAUGUGUUCAGUGAAGUGAAUGUCUCAGCAUCUCUCUCUAAAAAGCAUUAAGGAACGAAAUGGAUCCAGCAGAACAAUUUUCUGCAAGCAGAAAGAAGAGCUUCCCCUCAGCUGACAAGAAGAAAGACAGUGGUUAUAGAUCUCUUAUGGGAUUUUUAUGCAUAUUCCCUGUGGUGGCUUUGUUGGCUUUUGUGGGAGACCCAGCUGGAGCUGCAGCUCGGAAAAGCCAGAUGCUGCAUCACCUGCUCUUCAUGGAGUGAGCGCUUCACACGGUCCAGCUUUUCCACCUUGGCCUCCAACGCGGAGAAAACGAUACACCAUCACCCCGGGACACCUCAAAUGGGACCACUUCAACCUCACAUACAAAAUCCUGUCCUUCCCGAGAAACCUCAUAAACGCCAGUGAGACACGCAGGGGCCUAGCAGCUGCCUUCCGCAUGUGGAGCGAAGUGUCCCCGUUCAGCUUCAGGGAAGUGCCCCGCCACGCCGACAGCGACCUGAAGAUAGGCUUCUACUCUAUCAACCACACGGACUGUCUGGAAUCUCUCAUCCACCACUGCUUUGAUGGAACAACAGGGGAACUUGCCCAUGCCUUCUUCCCACCCACCGGGGAAAUCCAUUUUGAUGACCAUGAAUACUGGAUAUUGGGGAAUACCCGCUUCAGCUGGAAAAAAGGUGUUUGGCUUACAGACCUGGUACAUGUGGCAGCUCAUGAAAUAGGACAUGCCCUAGGACUUAUGCACUCGCUGAACCCCAAUGCCCUCAUGCAUAUCAAUGCCACCUUGACUGGAAAAAAGACCAUCUCUCAGGAUGAAGUCUGGGGAAUUCACAGACUUUAUGGAUGUAAAGACAGAUUAUUUAUGUGCCCAUCAUGGGCACGAAAAGGUUUCUGUGAGAAACGCAGGAAGUUGAUGAAAAAGCACUGUCCUUCCACCUGUGACUUCUGCUACGAAUUCCCAUUUCCAGCAAUCCCCUCUACUUUGCCCCCUCCAAGGACAAAAACCAAGACUGUUUCUGAGGGCAGGAAUGUCACCUUCCGCUGUGGACAGAAAAUCAUCCAUAAAAAAGGCAAAGUUUACUGGUAUAAAGAUAAGGAGCUUCUGGAAUAUUCAUACCCAGGUUACUUAUCCUUAAAUGAUGAUCACAUGAGCAUCAUUGCAAAUGCAAUUAAUGAAGGAACUUACACAUGUAUAGUAAAGAAAAAAGAAAGAAUUUUGACCACUUAUUCCUGGAGGAUCAGACUGAGGCACUAACAAGACCCUGGAAUAAGAACUUCAAUUAUUGCUAGUUCUGUUUCUAAAUCAAUUUUUUUCUUCAGCAUUUUAUAUUUAACCUGCAGCAGUGCAAUCAAACUUUUAAAUCAACUGCUUCCAUGGUUUCAUCAAGAGAGACUGUGACUUCAUUUUUCGGGAAAAAACUUUUUCAAGCUACUUUUAAUGAUUAAGAAUUUAUCAAGCUUGUCCUGUACAGAGAGAUAAU